GGAAUACAGGGUGCGCCAGGAGUUGGAUUUAGUUUAACCGCAGAUGGAAAUAAUGAUAUGAAUAAAAAAAGACUCACAAAUGUUGGCGCACCCAGUGCUAAUACUGAUGCUGCUACAAAGAAGUAUGUUGAUGACAAUUCUGGUGGAUCACCCUCGACAACACGAUUAACAGUUGAUUCAAACAUCGAUAUGAAGGACCAAUAUCGUAUUCUUAACCUCAAACAUCCGGUUGACGCAGAUGAGCCAGCCACAAAACAAUACUCAGACAGCAGAUUUCUUGACAGAAAUGGUUCCCGAACAAUGAUUGGUAAUCUAAGCAUGAAUAAUAAUAAAAUAAUUAAAGUUGGCACACCAACAGCUAAUGAUGACGCUGCAACCAAAAAGUAUGUGGAUGAUAAAUCCAGUGGAUCGCUCACAACAACAAGGCUAACAGUUGAUUCAAACAUUAAUAUGAAGAAUACAUACCGAAUUACAAAUCUUAGCACACCACUGGAUGGAAAAGAACCUCCUACAAAAGAUUACGUAGACAACACAUUUCUUGACAGAGAUGGUUCCUACCCAAUGAAAGGUAAUCUCAAUAUGGCUAAUAAUCGAAUAUUUAAUCUACCAGCUCCAAAUGGAGGUAAUCAACCAACACCAUUAGCUUUUACAGAUUUAAAGUAUGUUGCCCGUGAUGGUUCAUCUACAAUGACUAAUAAUCUAAACAUAGAUAAUAAAAAAAUAAUUAACCUUAGACCACCAACAUCAGACACUGAUGGCGCAAACAAAAAGUAUGUGGAUGAUAAUGUUGGAGGUAUAGAUUUAAAUGAUUAUUUGGAAAAAGAUGGCACUGUAACUAUGACUGGAAACCUUAAUGUUGGUAAUAAUAAAAUAAUAAAUCUUAGUGACCCCACCACAGACCAAGAAGCUGCUAAUCGCGGAUGGGUUCGUAAACAAAUAGAAAGGUUUGAUCAUCAUUCUGGAGAUGGAACAAGUGGUGUUUUUACAAUAACAGAACCAGCUGCACCAACAACCAUGUAUCUUCAAUAUAUCUCAGGAUCAUACUUUGAUGAUUUUGUUUUUACUACAUCAUCUCCUGGUCAACCCCUUGUAGGGUGGACACCAACUGCUAACACAUACAUUAACAAAAUAGAAUUUCAAUUUGGUUCGCGAAAUGUAAACGUUGACUUUUUGUGGUUUAUUCCAAGAGAUGACUCUCAUUCCAAUUCUGUCUUUUGGGUAAGUGGAAAUCGCACUGGCACUUGGUCAUUAAAUAUUCACAAGUCUUGGAACUAUGAUAUGUCAGGAGUAAAACUACGAACUCAUAACAACUCCAAUCACUCUGCUAUUACUUGCAGGAUAUUUACUGAUCUACCCAAAGCAAUAACCAAACCACUUAAGAGAAUAGAAAUCAACACACCUAAUAUUGUAAUAAGUGGGGUUGUAAAAUCGGACAUCAACCUUGAUGGUAAUAAAAUAAAGAAUCUUGGGGCUCCAACCCAAGACAAUGAAGCGGCAACCAAAAAUUACGCUGACAAACUAGUUAAUCACACUGCAGUUCAACCAAGUCAUUACAACAACCAGUUUGAUUCUCUCAUGUCAAGUGGGGCUCAAUGGACGGAUGAAAUAGAUGAUAGAACUAGUUUUGUUAUAAAAAAAAUAGGAGAUUUAGCACCAAAUCAAGGAAACUUUCAUGAUUAUAACCACAAAGUUGUUUUUAUGGGUAUAAACAAAAAUUCCCAAGGGAGAUAUAAGUACAAAAUGGGAAUCAACUUUUACAGGUUAACUGCUAAUACCGAAUACACACUGUGUUUGGAAAUACUCAACACUGAUUAUCAACUGUGGCAUAAGUCUCAAAUAAGUGUAAACAAAGGAACUUCAACAGGAUUAUCAAUUGGAAAUGUUAGUAUAAGGAAACUAUCUCAUAGGUACACACAAUCAAAUGGGCAACCACAAUUUAUGUAUUAUCACAGAAUAAUAGUUAAUUUCCGGAAGUUGUCAACUGGUAAUAAGUUCUUUCUUCACAUUUUGGUUAAUAUACCACAAGAUGGAACUGACUUGGCUGUUUAUCCGAGACAGUUUUCAAAAGUUUAUAUAAUUACUUAUGGAAUUGUGGGAACAUUUAGCAAUAUCGAUCCAGAUAAAGUUUAUGAUUAUCACACCGCAUUUGAUAUCAAACCAACAGAAGUUUUGUACAAUGUUGAUAUUAAUGCAAAUAAUAAAAAAAUAUUAAAUGUUAAUCUUGAUAGAAAUAAUAACAAUAGCGCAGCAACAGUUGGAAUGGUAAAGGAAAUAAAACCUCACACUAUAAAUGAUUUAUACAGAAAUUAUUUCGAAGAAGUUUAUGAUUUUACUAAUGCCACUAAUUACAAAUUAAGUAGAACCUCAUCAGGUAUUGUUUUUAACUAUUUAUCUUCAAGUAGUGGUAAUACUUUAAGAGAUAUGGGUAUACCUUUAAGAACCAUAGAUGAUAUAAAAAAAGAAGGACUAAAUGUUAGUGGUUAUAAUAUUAGUUUUUCUCCUACUAUUGGUAUUACAAAAUAUACUUUAUGUUUAAUAUUUUAUCAUUGGAGAAAUAGAAAUUUUAGUAUAAAGAAAAAAGAUAUAAGUAGCGCAGCUACUUUAUUAAAUUUUUACUAUACUACUUCAGGUAACACAGCAAAUUUAGUUGUUAAUAAUGUAAGAAGACAAUUUACCUUGCCAAGUGAUUUUAAUGGAAAAAAAAUUGUUAUAUGGUUGACAGAAGAUUUUAGCCAAAAUAUUACAAAAGUUAAAAUAAGUAACUACAGCGCAAUAUUAAGUUUACAAGCCGUUAGAUACACCGUCGAACAAGAGUUUGUGUUUACAACUCAAGAUGGAGUGUUAAGUAAAAUAAUGUUUUCUCCAAACUUUUACAACACUGAUUCUGAGCAAUAUCAUAAAGUAUUGCUUCAAGAAAAGUUAAAUGGAAGUUAUGUACUUUAGAUACACUGACCAAGGGAGUGGUAAUAAUAUACACAAAAGAAUAAAAUGAAGGAUAUCUUUGAAUUUAAUCACAUUGAUAAAUCUCUGUCAGAAUCAGAGGUUAAUACCCUCAAAGACUUUUAUAAACACUACCACAAGAAAUACUGGUGUUUUAAGAAAUCGUAUAAGAGUUAUAAAUUUCUUGAUGAUGUUUUUACAAUCGCUGGGAUAAGUUUGGUUGCAAUUGGAACUGUUUCUGGUGGAAUAACCCUAAACCCUGUUGUUCUUGGAGUAGUAAAUGGAGCUGGA